GACCGCGCAGACGGACUAAGCGGCUCUUCGCCGAGUGGGCGCCUCUCCCAGCUGUCCUCCCUGAACCAGGCUGCCUACUCCUCGGCUCCCCCGCUCUGCCACACUCCGGCCUCUGACUUCCAGCCUCCGUACUUCCCUCCCCCCUACCCCCAGUCCUCCCUGCCAUACUCCCAGAGCCAGGACUCAUAUUCCCACCUGUCAGACCCCUACCCCUCCAUCAACUCCAUCCAUCAGCAUCAGCAAGCGGCGUGGCACUCGCAGAGGUCGCGCUCCGACGACGGGGGACUCCUUUCACAGUCGCACCGGGCUCUGAGCCUCGACCCCCGGCGGGAGUAUCCAGCUGUCCCCCGGCUGCUGCACGGGCUCGGGGAAGGCGCUGCCGCUCUCGGGGACGGUCCUCUCGGGAUGCACCUGGGACAUCACGGCCUGGAGGAUCUUCAGGGAAUGGAGGAAGGAUCAGCCCUGGGCAUCCUCGACCACUCUGUCAUUAAAAAAG